UGAAGAUUCGGGCUUUCCUGUCACGUGGCCGCCUUACAGGAACGGUUUCUUUUUUUUUUCUGGACCAGCCUCUGGGACGUUUUACUCCUUUUCUGCGACGUGACCUUUAACCCCGUCUAUCUUAGGUGGGCCUAGGCUGCAUGUUAGUGGGGCGGGGACCCCUUGUCUGGCUCGGCGGAGUGGCAGCGUUUCUGGCCUUUCUGUGGAUGCACUCUCUGCUCUCCACGCACCCCUGUCUCCGCCUGCUCUCCCGAGCUCUCUCCAUGGCCACAGGGUCGCCCGAAGCCUCGGUCCCCACUGGCUCGGACUACAUCGCUGGCUCCGUCUCUGUCGUCUUUGUCACCUGCCCCAAUGACAAGAUCGCCAAGAAUAUUGCCAGGUCUGUGGUGGAAAAGCGACUGGCUGCCUGUGUCAAUCUAGUACCUCAGAUUACAUCUGUCUAUGAAUGGAAAGGGAAGAUUGAGGAAGACAGUGAGGUGAUGAUGAUGAUGAAGACUCAAACUGCCUUGGCUCCAUCCUUGACAGAAUUUAUUCGUACUGUUCACCCAUAUGAAGUGGUUGAAGUCAUUACAUUGCCUGUGCAACAGGGCAAUCUCCCAUACCUUCACUGGGUAAAAGAUAGCACCACCACUCAUCAAUGAUGACUAUUUUGAUGGACUUCUGAGCCUACUGAUACCUGAUAACUUUUACAUUUUCACUUUCUUUAAAUAAACCCUAUCCCCAGA